AAGUCACAGCAUCAAUGGCGCUCUCGUUAUGUGCUUUUGUCGUCGUAAUAUUGUUGUCCCAAGUGAUGCCUGCUGUUAAGGCUCAGAGCACCGACUGCAGUCCCAUGCUGCUUUACACCCAUGGAAAACCGAUCCGCGUAGGAUGCAAGCUAAUCUGUACGCGCUCGCAACACAAUGCGACAGUCACGCAAGAAGGUGUAGAGUGCACUAAUAUUACAAGUGAAGUUGCCGGCAAAAUGCAAAGAUUUUUGGGUUACUAUUGCCCUGUGGGCUGGUGCAAUGGCGAGAAUUGCGUUCUAAGUGGCCUUUACGUGGAAUGCUGGAAUACAGAAAGCAGACGUAAAAAUUGACGUUAGAAAUUGUGCGGUUAUAUAUGUGUUGAAUAAAA